AUGACUAAUUCAAUAAAAAUCUUACGAAGUGUUCAACAAGUUAGACAAUGGAGAUUACAAUGUAAAUCAUCAGUUGGGUUCAUUCCUACUAUGGGAGCAUUACAUGCUGGUCAUUGUUCAUUAAUCAAACAAUCAAUAAAAGAAAAUGAUUUCACCGUGGUUUCAAUUUUUGUCAACCCGUCCCAAUUUGGCCCCAAUGAAGAUUUAGAUAAUUAUCCAAGAACAUUAGAAAAAGAUUUAGAAAUUUUACAGAAUGGGUAUAAAGUAGAUGCGGUAUUUGUUCCAAAAGUUUCAGAAAUUUAUCCACUGGGUAUUGUAUUAGAUGUAAAUCAACAACGGGGAACUUUUGUAAGUGUUCAUGGUUGUAGUGAACAAUUAGAAGGUGUUACUCGUCCACAAUUUUUCAGAGGUGUAGCUACUGUUGUAACUAAAUUAUUAAAUGUUGUCCAACCAAGUAGAAUUUAUUUUGGUCAAAAAGAUGCUCAACAAUGUGUUGUAAUUAAAAAUUUAGUUAAAGAUUUAUUAAUUAAUACUGAAGUUAGAAUUAUGCCUACAUUAAGAGAAUCAAAUGGGUUAGCUAUGUCUUCCAGAAAUGAAUAUUUAUCGAAAGAAAUAAGAAUGGAAAGUUCACAAAUUUAUAAAGCUUUAAAAAUAGGUGAAGAAAAAUAUAGGCAAAGUAAUGAUUCAAAAGAGAUUAUAGACACAAUUAGACAAAAUUUAAAAGAUCCUAUAGAAAUUGAAUAUAUUGCAAUUAGUCAUCCCGAUACUUUAGAAGAUUUAGAAAUUGCUAUACCUGGUGCUAUUGUUUCAAUAGCAGUUAAAGUUCCAAAAGAAGAUGGUAAAGCUAGAUUGAUAGAUAAUAUAAUCUUGUAA